AUGCCAAAAGUACCGAUUGUGAAUUACCAGAGGUCUAUUACUUGGUCAUUAUUAAAACUUGCUGAAUCGUUGCAUAAUCAGGAUAUUUUUGGUCAAUAUCUUUCUCCACAACAACUUGUAGUUUUAAACCAUAUUCUAGAGAUUCCGGAUGUGAAGAUAAAAAAAGCGAUAUGGGAGCAAUUGGUGAGGGGAAAUGUUGUUCUUAAUGUAGAAAAGAAGGAAGAAUCUGUCCCUGUGGAAGAAACGCAAGCGGAAAGCGAUGAGCUUUCUGACAAUGUUGCAACACCGAACUCGGGAAACAAAGAAAUUGAAGCUCCUAAUAGCGAGGAGUUACAAAGCGAGACGAACGUUACAGAUUUUUCUGAUUUGGAUUUAGAGGAAUUGCGUCAAAAUACGAAUGGUGAGGAUUUUGUUGGGAACUUAUCGCUGAAGUUGAGAUAUGUCCUUUGGCAAUUCGCUGUGGACGCUAUGACUCCAGAUGAAACUUUGGCUUCUGACACCACGGAGUAUGUGCUUUUGGGUGAUGAUACCGAUGAACCUGCUGAAGAUGAUAUAUCAGGAGAAUCGGCAGCGACUAAUUCUCGAGGGAAGGUGACACGAGAAGAUGAUGACUAUGAUUUUGAUGAAGAGGAAGAAGAAGGACAGAAAAAAGAAGAUCAAGAGAAUUUCAUAGUUGACGCGAAACAGCCAGGGUCUGGCAAUAUAAAUAUAGAGAUGGAAACUGAUAGUAGAGGAAAGCUGGUGGUUCAUCUACAGAUAUCAAAAAGUACUCUUCCAAAGCUUCGAGUGAACAAAACCCAGGUUAUUGUGGAAAAUUUUAGCAAGAUAUACCAUAACCUGGAAAAUGAUCGUGAGACUUUGUUAAAGAGGUUGAAACUGGAAGAGAACGAUAAAUUAUUGGAAUACGAUAAGAAACGAAAGCAUGGUGAUAAGUCUUCUGAAAACGAAGAUGAAGACAACCUCAUUGAUGAUGAACCAGACCUCAAAAAGCAUAGAAAUUCUAUAUCUAGCCUUCCUGUGAACCUAGGGGUGAAUAACCUCUCUCUUAAGCAUUUAUUGGCCACAAUUCAGGAAAACAAGUCAAAGUUACAGAUAUCAGAUUAUGAACUAAAACAUCUAAUAAUGGAAGUUCGUAAGAAUAGAUCCAAAUGGGCCUCUGAUGAUAAAAUUGGCCAAGAAGAGUUAUAUGAUGCAUGUGAAAAGGUGGUUAUGGAACUUCGUAACUAUACAGAACAUUCUACCGCCUUUUUAAAUAAGGUUUCUAAGAGGGAUGCGCCAAACUACUAUCAAAUUAUUAAAAAACCGAUGGAUUUAAACACGGUUCUCAAGAAGCUAAAGACAUUCCAGUAUAAAUCAAAACAGCAGUUUGCAGAUGAUAUCAUGUUGAUAUGGAAGAACUGUUUGACAUAUAAUUCUGACCCGAAGCACUUCCUAAGAGCACACGCAAUAGCGAUGCAAAAGAAAUCUCAGCAACUCAUUCCAUUUAUUCCGGAUAUUGUUGUAAGAGAUAGACACGAAGUAGAGAAAGAGUUAGAAAAGGAGGACAAAGAUGAUGACGAAGAAGAGGAAGUGGUGGGAACAGGUAGAAAAGGUGGCGUUGUUAGGAGGGGUGUUCAAACUAUAAGGGAUGAUGAAGAAGACGAUGAAUUGCCGCCGACCGUUGAAGGUAAAAAUGUACCCCUUCCAGAACGAGCUGAGAUUAAUAGUUUUGGUUCUGAGAAUACUGAAGUAUCUAAUGAUCAGCCUGACGCAUCUGAUAGUUCUAAUGGUAGUGAAGCUGCCAAGGUUGGAAAUACUGCUGGUGCAACCAAGGAACCUGCCCCGGAUUUGGAACUGACCAAAGGAAACCUAAAAGCCCAAGAGCAAGAAGCUUUGCCCGAUGCUGAAGAAUUUGAUGAGCAAGAGGAAGAGGAAGAUGAUGAAGACGAUGAAAAUGAAAUGGAAGUAUCACAAAACUUAUUUGAGAAGGAUAACGGUGAUGAUGAUUUAGAACUUACUACCUGGAAGAAUUUAACUGCAAAAGUACGAGCAGAAAUUUGUAUGCGGAGGUCUGAACUGUUUAAAAAUGGGAAGCUAAAUAGUGAAUCUGUUGCUAUGCUGAGAAAUCCCGCAAGAUUGAAGGAUUUCAAUCUAAUUCUUCAGGAAUAUAGGGGACAACAGAAAGCCGACGAGGGAAGAAAGGCCAACGGUAGAGGUUCUAUAAUGAAAAAUGGUUUUGGAGCAGUUAUAAAACAAGAAAGUAGUCAGGAGUUAUUACCAGAGUCACAGAAUAUGGGUAGCAAUCUAGAAAAGGAUGCCGAUGAAAUUGAUAUUGAUAAUGCAUCUCUGUUGUCGGAGUACAAUGUAGCAAACUCAUAUCCUGAUAUAGGGUAUAAAGGUAUCAGUAACGAGAUGCUACAGCGUGAAGAAGAAGUUAUGAUCCAAUAUCUUUUGAAUGAUACAAAACCUAAACAGAGUAUCUUUUUGGCUAAUAAGGAUAAAGGUAUGACACCGUUGAUGAAUGAGAACAUUAAACGUAUCUACGAAAUUAGACACAUUUGCCAUAAGAUAUCUUUAAUUAGAAUGUUACAGAAGCCUAACCAAGCCAAAUCGUCGCUUCUGCAUCAACGUUUGAAGCAUACAUCAAUUAAAAAUGAUAUCGAUCUAGAUCCCGUUUCUCAACUAGAAACUCAUGAUUACAGAAAUAAUAGACAGCUGAUUUGGAAAAUAAUGCACAAGAAUGUUUCUAAGAUUUCGAUGUCACAUGGGUUCGAGAGUACUGAGCCCUCUGCAAUAAGCGCAUUAACAGAAAUCGCCGGCGAUUAUUUGUCAAACUUAGUUAAAUCGUUAAAAAUACAUCGUGAGACCAAUUCUUUGAAUAGAAGGGAUCCUAAACAAAUGUUGUGUAUGACAUUAUUGGAAAAUGGUAUUAAUAAACCAGAUGACCUUUUCACGUACAUUGAAAACGAAUUUACAAAGAAAGCCAAGAAACUAAAUGACAUCAAGACCAAACUGAACGGUUUCCUCAGAGACUUGUUAAGACCAACUCUUCAAGACCUUUCUGAGAGAAACUUCGAUGACGAGAGUCAAAGUUUUAUGACCGGCGACUUUUCAUCAGAGAUUACGGGUGAAGAUUUCUUUGGCUUCAGAGAAUUAGGGUUGGAAAAAGAGUUUGGUGUUCUAACGAGCUCCGUUCCAUUGCAGCUUUUGACACUACAGUUCAGAAGCAAAGAUGCUGAAGGGAAAGAAAAAGAUAAAAAGAUUCAGCAAGAUGAAUUUGAAAACGUUGUUUAUCAUAAGGUUACAAAAGAGUCCCUCGAUAGUGGUAGAUAUUUGAAGCUAUUGAGUCCAUUAUUGUUUAAAGCUUAUGAUCGCUGUAACUUAUACCAUCUCAAGAUGGCUAAAAGUAAAAAUGCAGAUCAAGUUCCUGACAACCAUGAUAGUCCAUCAUUCCCUAUAUUAGAAGACCACGAGUUACCUAAAAGUAAAGGAGCUGCAAGGGCGAGGUUACCUCCAACUGGCAAAAUAGGCUCCAACUAUAAGAAGAAACCUAUAGGGGAGGCUUAUUUCUUACCUGAAGAACCUUCAGAAUCGCCUGAACAGACUAAAAAAACGCAAAACGCGAAUACGACAGGAACGAAUCCGCAGGAUUCUGAUCCGCUGAUAGAUAAACUUUUUGGAUCGCCAAGUGCUGAAGUUAAUGAUGUAGAAAACGGCUUUGGUCUGAACUCAGCAUCUCCCAGUGGUUCAUUCUCGUUGAGUUUACCAAGGGUGCAGUAA